AUGCUUCGCCGUGCCCUCCGAGUUUCAGGGGCGUUUUCCCGGCCGGUUCCUUCGCCCAGAUGGGCGCCGCUUCGUUUCACCACGAGCGAGGCCAAUGCCCCACCUGGGGAACCUCGGCGAGGGGUUCUGGCUGACCCGCAGGAGCCCCCGCUGCUGGUGCGGUCCUCCCUGGUGGCGGCCAGCACGGCGCUGAUGACGCCGCUCUUCCCGGUGAUCGGCUUCAACCAGUUGGUCUUCCGCUAUGCGACUCCAGAGAUGAAGCUCGCGCUGCAUGGUGGGACUUCGAUGGUCUACUUCUCCGCCAUGACGUUGGUGCCCAACGCUUUCUACUAUGCGCCCAUCCUUCUGCCCUUUGCCCUGGGCAAUGGCUUGGUGGUAGGCUCCAUGUACCUCGUAGCAGACCUGGCGGCCGGCGGCCCGCAGGCCUUGGCCUCCCGGCGCCUGGGCAUCUUGCCGCUCUUCGGGCCAUUACUGGGCGCGAGCAGCGCCUUUUUGGUGCCCUUCUCGUACCCCUACAGCUGGCAGGCGGUCUAUGGCUGUUACCCAGAUCCCGACAUCACGGCGAACCUCAUCUACCACGCCUGCUUCAACGCCUACAUGGGCCCCUGCCUGGCUGUCACAGGGCUGGCCUCGGGGCUCGUGAUCCAGAUGGUGCUGCAGCCACUGAUCCUGGGCGUGGAGGGCUGGCCCUGGCCGCGUCUGGCGGGCGCCGUGCUGGCCGCCAGCCUGUUCGGCCUGGUGGCGCUGUAUUCCGCCUCGCUGCGGACCACCGUGCCGCAUCUGAGGGACGCAGACCUGGACGAUCCAAAGCUCCAGGGCUACUUCUGGGCCGGCACGGUGAACUGCUUGGUCAGUGAGCAGGAGCUGUGCUGGGCGCCACGGCUGGACAGAGACGGAAAGCUUUGCAGUGCCCAGAUGCGGGCAGCUGGCGACCUACGAGACCCGGAGCUUAGCUUUGAGGAGGGGGAGCUCAGUGAAGGCCUGGAGAAGGUGCUGCGGUCCCUGGAGCUGCUGGACCGCGCCAAGCUCCCCACGGCCAGGUGCUUCCUGAGCCGCUACGAGGCCUACUUCGAUGGCUUGGUGCAGAGACCAUUGAGCAGAGAGGACUGCCAAAGGCUGGAGGCGCAGCUUCCGGCGCGGAUCUUGGAGGACGCGCUGCGGCUGCUGCUGACAAAUGCCGCGGAGGUCGAGGUCUUGGAGAAAUCGCUGCAGGAGGUCCGGUCGGUGUCCAACUCCAAGCACCUGCGUAGCGCAAAAGUGCAGGAGCUGCAGCGGCUCCGCUGCGCCCAGUUCCGGGAGUGGCUGCGCCUCUCCGGCGGCUCCGGGGCGGGGCAUGCGGCGCCCUUCAGGGUGGAGGAGCUGGAGACGAGCCUUCGGGAGCUGCAGGUGGACGCGAAGCGCCUGAAGCGGUCACUGGAGGCUAUGGACUGGACAUUCCAGGAUUCCACUGCUCUGCAGCUCGGGGAUCGUCACAUCUUGCGGUGGCAGAAGAAUCAGCAGGACCUGCUGGGCGCGGCACAGAUCCUGGCGCCCCUGGCUCUCGUGGCAGCUGUGACCGCCUGGACGCAGGGCUGGCUGUCGACCGGUACCGGGCUGCGCCUGGCGCCGGACGCUCUGCUUUGUGCUUUCGCGAAAGAUUGCGAGCAGCACCUAACGUGCCUCGCCUACCUGGAGGAGCCCUCGGAAGUUGCUACGAAUGGAACGUGGCUUCAGACCAAGUUGGAAGGUGCGGAUGUCGUGCAGUCGUGCCAGGCUCUUCUGGCCCUGGCCACCUUGCGACACUGUGCUCCCUGCUUGGAGGAGUCGAUGUGGCCAAUGACCGUGGAGGAGGUGAACGACAACGCGGUGCGAUUUCUGCGAUACCUCUGGCUCAGGGGCGCCGAGCGGAAGCCUCAGGGCCUUUCGUCGCCGCCGCCCCCUUGGCAGGGCUCGCUGGCCGGAGCUUCGAGGCUUGGCCAACCCCGGCCGGUGCCAAGGCCCGUGAUUUUCGUGCUGCAGUUGGAUGGAACACGUUUCAUGGUAGUCCAUGAGGAUGAAGACAGGGGCCCUGAACCUGUUUCCAUAAGGCGCUUCAAGGCGGCUCCUCCCCUGGAGGCCGGGGCCCGGCGACAUGGACCGGCGCAGCCUCUGAGUCGGUCUGGGGUGGAGGCCCUGAGGUUGCCAAGGCCGCUGGCGCUUUCGCCGGCCCUGCUCGGGGAGCGCCAGGAUCUGGGGAAGCAUCACUUCUUCACCUUCAGAGCUUUGAUCAUGCCGAAGCAAGCGAUCGCAGCCAUUGCCAACAACGCGGAUCUUGGAGUUUCCAAACUUGCCUUGAUACUGCAUGCCAUGUCUCAUUGCUUCGUCUUGGUGAGGUGGCGCAUACUGAUCCUGCUGCCCUGCGUCCUGGGCCAGUCCACCCUGAAGCUGUCGGCCACACUUACCAUCGAGAAGUCCGAUGACAAGGCAAAGACCAACGAGCAGGUGAUCCAGCUCCUGGCCCACGCCAAGGAGAAGAAGUACGAGGGCAACGUCCAGCGAUUUCUGGAAAACAUGGUGAAUCAGCUGCAGAAGGUCAUGGAUGCGGCUAAGGCGGUGGAGGAGAAGAAGUCCACGGAGACGCCCAAGGACUUUACCCCGGCCAAGUACCGCAUCAAGGCCAUGCCCAAGCUGAACGCCAAGAAGAUCACUGUCAAGAAGAUGACAGCUGCCGACCUGGCGAAGCGGCUAGAUGAGGGCCAGGACAUCAACUUCAAGGAGCCCAUGCUGAUCACCAACGCCACGGCGCUGUUCGAGCCUGGCGCGUGGGAUGAGGUGCGGCGGCACUGGACGGCCUCGCGGCUCAUGGAGGACCCGGACUUGGAGAAGGACUUCCGCAUCGAGUACUGGCCCCAGGAGAAGGCCCGCGCGCGGCUGGUGGGGAACCAGCUCCAGAUGGAGGAGCCGGAGAUGAUCCCCUUCUCUCGCUACUUGGUGAACUGCUUCCACGGUACGCCCGCCAAGCCGAAGCUACCUGGGCAGAACACCGAGCACUGCGAGCAGACGGUGGACGCGCAGACUAUGGUCCGGAACCUUACGGAGUUGGAGCAGCUGCGGAUCUUCCGGAAGAUCGAGAACGCCUUGCCGCACAUGGCCGAGUUUCGUAGGCAUCUCCUGGAGGCGGCAGGUGAUGAGCUCAAGGCCAUCGUGGGCAAAGGUGCCGAGCGCUGGAAACGGAACCAAGGGCGCUUGUCCUACCAAUACUUCACCUUCGGCCCCUCCGGGUCUGGCGCCAACCUGCGCCCCGAGAACGGCUUGCCCUUCUUCGACGUGCUGGUGCAUGGGUCCAAGCGCUGGCUGCUCCUGCAGGAGGACGAGAUGGAGCGGGUGGCGCAGAAGGCCCGAGAAGCCCGGGCGCCCGUGGGCCAGCAUGAUCCGCGCCCUUGGGAUGAAUGGCCUGACGUCUUCUUCUUGGAGCCCUCUCGGAGCGACCAGCCUACUCCCCCCGAUCUGACCAUGCCGCGGCGGACGCUGCUGGUGCCGGCGCAGCCUCCGGGCAAGCCGGCACAGCUCGCCGACCUCCUGGCCGUCAUCCCCACCUCCACGCCUUCGCCUUCGCCUUUGCCGGCGGAACCGCCGCCGCCGGAGCCGGCGGAGCCGGUGCCGGCGAAGCGCAGCCUGCUGGCGCCGUGCCGGGCGGAGGCGCCGGGCAACGAAGGGCUGGACGCGUGUUACAGGGUCACCUUCACCAAAGAUGUGCACAAGAAGCGAAAGGUCUAUCAGUGCGGCUUCCUGCGCAUCAAGGCGGGCAAGGCAUUCCUCUACAACGACGAAGGCAAAACCGUGUUGCUGGGCCGCUCGCUGCGGGUGGAGAAGCCUUUGCAGCCAGGCGCAGAGCUCGCCACGUACCAGGCAGUGGUUGAGGUGGAGCAAGACCUGGCGGUGGCGGACUUCGAGUCCGGCCGCGCCUUCACCCAGCCGGCCCUUGCGGCCCUCGCGCCGACGGAUCACGCCGAAGCCGCGAAGGCGCCGAAGGCGAAGAAGCGCCGCCAGGCGCUGCUCUGCGAAGGCGACGAGGAGCCAGCGCCACCGGAAGCCGCCCCGCCUGGCGCGCUGGUCCUGGACGAGUCGGGCACGAUGUUCCUGGACCACUUCCUGGCCUCGAGAUUGAAGCCGCACCAGGAGGAGGGGGUGAAGUUCAUGACGCAGCACCUGCUGGCCGAAGGCGGCUGUAUCCUGGCAGAUUCCAUGGGCCUGGGAAAGACCCUGCAGGCGAUUUGCACUUUGUGGGUCGCCUUUCACAAGCCGGCGGGAAGGCCCAUCUCCAAAAAGGCUGCGGUGGUUUGCCCCAGCUCCCUUUGUGGGAACUGGGAGGCUGAGGUGUCGCGCUGGCUGGGCUUCCGGCUGCGGCCGGUGGUGGUGGGCACUGAGCCGGCCAAGCAGGUGAGGACCUUCCUGCGAAGCACAGGCACGCUCGAUGGACGGCUACUGAUCAUUUCCUACGACCAGCUGCGGCUGCACGCGGAGGCGCUGGACGGGGCCCUGGAUCUGUUGAUCUGCGACGAGGGGCACCGCCUGAAGAGCGCGGGCACCGCCACGGCCAAGCGCCUGGAAGCGCUGCGCUGCAGAAGGAUUUUGCUUACAGGCACGCCGCUGCAGAACAACCUGGAUGAGUUCUACUGCUGUUGUCACUUCGUGCAGCCAACGAAGAUGCCGUCCCCCCAGGUGUUCCAGCGGGUCUUCAAGGGCCCCAUCGACCGCGCCCGGGACGAGGCCGCCUCUGCAGAGGAGCGGCAGCUGGGCCGGAACCGCUCCGCGGAGCUGCUGCGGCUGACCUCCGGCUUCAUCCUGCGCCGCGGGCCUGAGAUCCUGGAGGCCAUGCUGCCGAGCCGCACGGAGCUGCUGCUCACCGUGGCCCUGGCGCCCGCGCAGGUGGAGGCCUACCGCGGGCUGCUGGCCCUGCGCUGGGCCGGGCAGCAGCUUGGGCUGCUGCAGCUGCUGCGGCAGCUGUGCAACGACCCCGGCGGACUCUUAACUUCCUUCGAAAAGAAGUCGGCGGCGCCCAGUUUCUCCUCCGCGAGGGUUGCCUUUGCGGAUGAGGAGGAGGCGCCCAUCUCGCUGCUUCCCGACUUCGCCACUGGCUGCAAGGAGGUGGUGCAGAGAGCCUUGGGCCGGUCCUGCGGGGUGCCGUCGGCCAAGCUGGAGCUGCUGGAAGGUCUGCUGUCCCACCUCCAGUCCGAGGCCCCGGAGGACGGGGUGGUCAUCGUCUCCAACUUCGUGUCGAUGUUGAGCUGCUGCAGCGCGCUCUGCAAAGGCUUGGGCUUCAAGGUGUCGCACCUCGACGGGUCCACGGCGGUGCAGAAGCGCCAGGCGCUGGUGGACAACUUCAACCAGCAGCGGGGACCCAAGGCGUUUCUGCUGUCCGCGAAAGCCGGCGGGGUGGGCCUCAACGUGACUGGGGCCAACCGCAUGUUGCUCUUGGAGCCGGACUGGAACCCUGCGGUGGAUCUGCAAGCCAUGGGCCGGGUCUGGCGACAAGGCCAGACGAAGCCGGUGACGAUUUACCGCCUGGCCACCUUGGGCACUUUGGAGGAGAAGAUCUUGAAGCGCCAAGCACACAAGCAGGGCCUGGCCUCGCUGGUGUCCGCCGGGAACCUGCAGAGCUCUGAUGUCAAGGAGCUCUACAAGGUCUUCACCUUGGACGGCUACACCGCCGAGGGCCGUCCGCAGCCUUCCGAGCGGCGCAGCGCCGAGUCCGGCGCCGAAUUCGGGCUGCCGCGGCUACCGGGGCUUCAGGGCGCGGAGCGGUUGACCAGGCCCGCGGUCGAGGCUGAGGAGACCGUUGUCGAAACCUCCGAGGAGCUGAAGGAGUGCAACGACGCGCCGCUCUUUCUGAGGUACCAGUCCUAGACCGAACGCAAGCAACAUGCGGCGCGGCAUAGCAUGCGGGUCGUGGGACCCGGCGGUUCGGCUCUGGGCCCCAGCAGGUUGCAGGCAUUGGUCCUUUUGUUUCCCUUGCCAAUCUCAAGCUGUCGACUGCAGGGGGGGGACCCGCAGAACCGCACCAGACGGUCUUCCCAGACCCGGCCAUAGGUAUGAUUCAGAUAGCUCUUUCGUCCACGGUGUCUGGUGUUCCCUGGUCUUCCCGGCCUAAAAGGCGAGACGCAGACCAUCGGCAUGGCGCUGUUUCCUGGUGCCGAUGCGUUGACAUUGAGCAAAGAAGAAGACGUCCAUCUUCACCCGAGGGUGCCGAGAGUCAAGCGUGCACGGCUGAACUGACGGAUGGGGAGCCACAACGCGAUGUCGGGC